UGCAAUUCAGAGGUGUUUAUUUCUUUCUGUGUGAAAGUAUAUCAAAUAAAAAUCUUAUUUAAUAAUAUGGAACGUUAAUUUAUUUUGUAAUAAGCUUUGGAUGUUAUAUUAACGCUGUUAUCAAACAUAUCGUAAUGCUUGCAUUAAGCGAAAAAUUUGUAUGAGAUUCAUAAGACAACAGUUUCACGUUGUAGUAACAAUUUCUAUCAGUUGAUGAUAGACUAAAGAUAAGGACAACUGAUUCAAUAUAAGAAACAAUAAUACUUACUCUAAAAUGGUAAAAGCGAUAAGUAAAAUAAUCGAUGUUUCUUGGAGAUUCGGUGUAACAGCAGCAAGUAAUGAAUCUGAUAAUGUGGGAAAAUCAUUUUUUCAACUUAAGCUAUGUAUGGAAGAAAAUAGUAAAAUUAAUAAUAUUUUUAUAGAAAUGACUAUAAGUGAAUUUUACAAGUUUUUACAUGAUUUAGAAAAGGCAAACAAUAAUCUUGAUUUGUUACUUUAAUUAAGUAUACCUAAGCACUUACUUGUAAAUGGAUGUACAUAUCUUGAUACAUGUAUGUAAAAAUAAAA